AAGAAUAUCAAGAAUUAUUAAUAAACAAAGAAAUUUAUAAUACUAAUUGUGAUCCAUAUGGUUUUGAGGAAAAAUAUAAAAUUGAUGUUAUAAAACAAAAUUAUAUAUUUAAUUAUGCAAGUUUUUUUAGUCAAAUACCUUGUAAAUUAUUAGCAAAUUUUAUUAAUGAUGACAUAAAUGAUAGAGAAAAGAUUGAGGUUUUCCAUGUAUUUAGUAGCAAAAAAUAUCUAAUAGAUAAUGAAAAAGGAUGUUGUAGAUGGAAUUUUUGGAAAUUAGGAUCAAUAGAUGAUGAUUGGCAUCAUUGUCAUGAUUUAAGUUAUCAUUUCACAAAAUUUAUUUUGAAGAAAUUAUUAAUGUUUAAAUAUCUCAAAGAAAAAAACAACAAAAUAAAAGAAAUAUACGAAGAUCUCUUUAAAUGA